AAUGAAAAGAGAUGGAUGUAAUGAAAGGAAUUACAAUAAAUUAUUAUCUAAUUUUUAUUAAAGAGAUAAUCCAUAUUCAAAUUUAAUAUACUCUAUUUAUGAAUAAACUUCUGGUAAAAAAUAUUAUUGGUAAUGUGGAUUUAAAUAUGAAUUUAUAUUUAUGCAUAAUGUUGAUAUUGAAGUUCCACAAAUUUCUAAAAAAACUUAAUUGGAGGACGCAUUCUAAUAAUUGAGAACUCUUAAGAUACAAAGACAUAAAGAACUUUAAGAGCUAAGAUUAAUUAAUUUGGAAAGGUUUUCAUUUUGA